AUGAUACCAGAGAAAAAACCAAAAGCGAAAAGCCAAAGGCCUCUACCGUCAGCUGCUGUUCAAGGUGGGGGUAAGCCAACGGAAAAUCUUGUGAGGACACGCCAAAGGAGCGUUCCUUCAGCUUCAUAUGUUGUUCAGGACAACACUGAAGAUGGAAGUCCACUGUUAGAAGUGGAAGAGUUUGAAGAUAUCUACAGUUUUGAGAAUUUCAGUACAAUCAUUAAUGUUUUAGUUGGGGAUUCUGAAUUGUUGCCCGAGGAUGUAAGGGUUAAGUAUUACAAGAUCUGCUGCACCCACAACAAGUUCCUUCAUACAAAUCUUGGGCAAAACCACAAUCGUAAUUUGGUUGUGGGUCUCAUUAUCGAAACUGUGGACGUUGUUCAUGGCAUUAGGUCUUGCAAACUUAACGACACUUUCAACGGUGAGUUGACUGUGUGGAGAAAGAAAGUGGAAGCCCUUGAGCAUCUUGGGAUGAAAAUAGCUUUUUUAAUUCCUAGGAUAGACCAAAUUCAGAAAUUGUCAGAAAGGGCAGCCAGAAGGAUUCCAUAUGAGUAA